UCCUCUUUCGGAGAGAGCCAGCUGGCGGAGGUGAAAGCAAAGCCGUCAGAGCACCGGUCGUCGAGGCGAUUUCUCCGCUGCUUCGGCUCUGGCUUCGCUUCCAGCCGUUUCUCGUCUCCGAAAAGUCUAGCCAAGCAUCGAAGAACUCCGUACGAGCCUCGGUGACUCCCGGGCGGGCAGCGCACCAUGAGCGCCGAUUGCAGCAGCUACGUGAACGCCGAUAAAGUCCUGGUGGGCUCCUUCAGCUGUCCGCGGGAAGACGGCGAGGCUGACGCGAUCUAUUGCUGCGGCUUCCAGGAUAUCAAGUAUUGUUGCGACGACCCUAACAGCUUUUUCCCUUACGAGCACAACUACAUGUGGUGGCUCAGUAUUGGAGCACUUAUUGGCUUGUCGGUUGCAGCAAUGGUCUUGCUGGCUUUUCUCAUCACUGUGUGUGUCCUCUGUUACCUGUUUAUCAGCAAGAAGCCACGCAACAAAUUGGAUACAGGCUUAACCUUGAGCUUAGAAGCAGCAGGCACAGAAGUUAGAAGAAAUUCUUCAAGUUGAAAGAAGAUAUAUGAAACAGGUUCAACUGAGUUCUGCAAGCAGUUAGCAAAGAAGUGCAUUUGUCCAAAGGCACCAGCAAAGUAUUCCAGAAAUGAAGGCAUUCUCUAACUUCAGACUAGACUGUGAGAAUUCAAUGCAAAAAGAGUGCCAGCAUAUGUAUGCCCGUGUGUAUGUGUUUGUGUACUCUCUUCUUGUUUUCUUGCCAUGCUAAUUGUUAUUUAUGCUCAGAGCCAACCUGAAUGUAUGACAUAUUUAUCACUAUUAAUUUAGAAUUUUAGGCCCUAAUCCUGUAAUCCUGAAAAGGCCUAUAUAUUGUCUUAUAUAGGUAAAGCUAGAAUCUUAACCAUUUUUAAUAUUCUGGCAGUGGCUUUAAAUAAGUAGUAAAAAGAAUACUAAACAAAAUUAUACUGUACAUGUCAUUACUUCUGGAUCAAAAUGUGAUGGUGGUUCUUGGAUUUGUAUAUUCUGUUGUAAAAAGCUUCAGAUUGUUCUCUCACAGUUCCAAUUCUUUGUAAUAAGCAAGCCUAGGUAAAACUAGUUGGGGGCCAUUAAAGUAGGCAACCUGUGAAGAUUCCUGCCAAUAACGCUUCAGUGAUAAUUUAUAUUAUUAGACCAUCAAAUUAGAAUGUUAAUCAGAUUUGACUCUUAUCUACAGAUUU